UUGCGAUGCAUGCCGAGGUCGAGCGAGAACUCGAUCGACUGCGGCACGCAAUGCGGGACCUGAACAAGAACGUGCAGAAACUAUCGGGCGUGAACAACGGGCUCGUAGCAUUCAACGAUUCCUUUGGCACAUUUCUCACCGCCAUCAAUCUGCAGAAAACGUGUGUCGAGAUGCCCGUUUCGUCGCCACUGCCCAAACAUGCCACGGUUGCGGUGGCCCCACCUGCAAAUUUCAACCUGUCCGGCGUGCCAGCACCAGCACCAACUACCUUGGUCUCUCUUCCGACAGUAUUGCCUACAUCGAAGAUCCCUGUGCUUAAAAUCGCCAGCGCCUUCCCACCCAAACCAAGUGCCGACCCCCCUCCGCUUCGACCAAAGAAAGCAAAGAAACAACAUGCGCCACCGCCCGCGCCAGUCCCGCCUCCCAGAUCAUAUCACUGGCCCAAAGGCGUUCGAUCUAGAAUUCCACCUAAAUACCAGUCGGCCCCAGAACUUGCCAAACUCGAGCGUGUACUCUUCGUACUGGCCGACUCCCUUCGCGGCAUGUCCAUCGGCGAACUCGUCAAAGCCAGUAACAUCAACGUGAUCCAGGCAAAGGACAUCCUGCAGACCCUGAUGAAGCUCGAGCAGAUCAAAUGCAAACGGGAAAAGCAUGGCUUUCUAUACUGCCGUUCGUAGCGACCUCCGUCGACGCCCUGUCGAAUUCACUCGCUUUCUGUACAACUCCUGUCCUGCAUCGCGUUCGCUUCGUCGAUGGCGGAGGGCUCUUCGCCCCCCGACGCUUCGACGACGCCGUCGUCGUCGUGCUCGAUGUCGUCUUUCACUGAGUGCCGGGCAACGGUCGGUGAGACAGCGGCCUGGUGCCGAAGUUGUUUACGCUGCAACUGCUUGACCACGACGUCGGCAAAGCUUAACGACCGGGCGCUGGCCGGACUGCGCAACAGGUCGUCGUCGGUCGGGGCGUUGAUGAUACUCUGCACGUCAUUCACACAUUCGCUAUGCCUGCGCUGGGGGAUGUCCUGUCGAGUCGUCGGCAACUUGAUUGCCUUUGUCGCCGAGUGUUGACGUGGAAUGUGCAUUUGACGAGGCGGCGACGCGAGCGGUUGCGUGUGGAGGGGAUGGUGGUGGGGUUGGUAGUGGUGCUGGAACGUGAGCGGUGGCGUGGGGUGAUGAUGGCCUGGCGUGUCGAGAGGCAGCAGUGCGUGCGGUUUGUACUUUGGCUC